GCCACUGCGACUCUUGUUGAAGAAGAUCGACCAGCCAUUCUGGGAAUGGGACCAAAACUCUCUAUUAAAAUAAACUUCACUCUUUUUUGCAUGAUACCACCUCAAAGACAUCUAUUUAUUCAAAAGGAAUAAACUUUUAUUUUAUUUUUUUUUACAGUAAGUCCAUUCAAGAGUUUUUUUUAAGGAUAAAAGACAAGAAAAUUUCCAAUGGGAUAAAACUUCAGUAUUCUGUUUUUUUCUUUGCUUUUUCAUUGUUCACCCUUUUAUUUUUGAUUGAGGAAAUUUUCAAAUGAAUCUUUUAAAGUGAGGUGGGAAAACAUUCUUUACAAGCUUCCUAUUGGAAUAAAGCAGAGGAAGUCUUUUGUCAGAGAGGCUGUGAUUGUCUAAAGGUGGGUCCCAGGGGGCCCCCGUUGCAUGGCGCUGAUAGGUGUAGGUCCAGUCAGGGGAGUUUACUGGUUUCAAUCAGAUGGAAAAAUGGCAAAGUGGUUCAAGGAUUUCCCAAUAACUCUAAAGAAUGGUACGGACAAGAUCCGCUCAGUGGUUGAGCCAGGCUCCCAAAGGAAAGCAAAUAAAGCUGGAUUUGGGGCCAAAACGGGCCAUCGCAAGGGCUCCCCUGCAGACAGCACAGCAGGAGGUGGUGGAGGUGUUGGCUCCUUGUUGUCCGGAAGGAACCGAAAGAACUCAGAGGUCAGAAACGGACCUGGAUCCCAGAAGGAUGGGAAAGUUUGGGACACCUUGGUGUCUGGAAAAAGCCGCAAAAACUCCAAAGCAGAGGCGGUGCUGGAGGAGAUGCACAGACCCCCAAAGUCCACCCCGCCCGCCUGCGGCUACAUGAGCCGAAUGGUGAGAGUGGACAAACAGGACAAAAGCCCCAAUUUCACUACAGUCAGCGGUACCAUCAGCAGCCCACUGGACCCUGAAGUGGAAAAACCUGCUGCCCUGAGCAAAACGGAAAGUCUGGUUAUUCUGGAGGACUAUGCGGACCCCUUCGAUGCUCAGAGAACCAGAGAACAGAGGGAUGCAGAGAGAUCUGGAGAGAACGAUGGCUACAUGGAGCCGUACGAUGCCCAACAAAUGAUAACUGAGAUCAGACGCAGGGGAUCUAAAGACUUGCUGAAGGUGUGUGCGCCUACUGAUUGCAGUGAAGGAGCUGCAGAGAAAGGUCAGCCAGCUGCCAUCUAUGAUGACCCAUAUGAGGGAAGUGCUGACAGUAAGAAGACGGCUGUGGUGAAGCCAAAGCUGGACCAGCGACCCGUCACUGAAUACGAGCUUGCCUGGGAGUGGAGGAAGGAGCACAUUGUCAGGACUCUGUCGGCACAAUUCGACAGCCCAGUCAAAGAAGAGAUGUGCCAUCAAACACUCACAAGACAGACCCAGUUGCAGCAGCAUCAGAGGCAGAAAAGCAAAAGCCAGAAAAACUUGAGAUCCUCUCACCCAACUCUGCUGCCAUCUUCAGCUCGCUGCGGCAGCCCAGAUGGUGAGACCUGCUGUGUGGACCCCUCACUUCCCCUUGAAAAACAGAGCUGGUACCAUGGUUGUGUGACCAGACAGGAGGCGGAGUCACAGCUGCAGUCCUGCAAAGAGGCCAGCUUCCUGGUCAGGAACAGCGAGUCUGACAACAGCAAGUACUCCAUUGCCCUCAAGACGAGUCAGGGCUGUGUUCACAUCAUCGUGGCCCAGACUAAAGAGAACAGCUACACCCUGGACCAGAGCAGCUGCGUGUUUCCCAGCAUCCCAGAGGUGGUGCACCAUUACUGCACCAGGCGCCUGCCUUUCAACGGAGCCGAGCACAUGACGCUGCUCCACCCUGUGCCUCGUCUGCAGUGACUAUGACCUUAAAACCUCAAGUUUAUAAAGCAGGGAGUAGAGAAAAUAAUUACAACAUUAUUUUUCUUGCAUCUAAAAAAACCUCCCACUGAUAUGUUAUUUUAGUUGAUUUAAUGUCUAUCUAAACCUUGUUUAGGGCCCUCAGUUGGUUUAUUUUACUUUUAGUUUGAGUGAAUGUGCAGCUUAUGCAAAACAUCAAGGCUGCUAUUUUGCAUCUAAAUAAGCUCAGCAGAAAUAACAAGGCACUUUUUGUCUGAUUUAAAUGUGACCUGAGUUCAAGAAGGGAUAACAGAUGUGUUAUUAGCCAUGUCCCUAAACACUGCUGCUAUUUUAUUGUUAUUUAGUUACAUUUGAGGAUAAUGGAAACUUUUUGUUUGGCAUUCUCUUCUGCCUUCUAGUGGACAAGGACAUAUCCUACACCUGCUUACAAAAGUAUGACUUUUUUUCUCUUUGCUUAAAAGCCAAUUUAUCUAUUUCUAAAGAUGUAUAAAAACCCUGCGAGCUUGGUGACAUUAUAUGAAAUAAUAAUUUAUGCAUUUGAUUUCUGUACCCAUUGUCCCAUGAGGAUGUUUCCCCUCUGUGAACGAGGAAACAUUUUCCACUGCAUUUUGUGCACUGGGAAUAAUGUGUGAUUCACCCUAAAGCAAUGUGCUAAACAGAGUGCCAGCUUUGCAGUGGUUAUACUUUUUACAAGAGCUAAGAAUAUCAGGUUAAACAUGUCUGCUCAUUUAUAGGAACAUUACAGUGAUUUCCAAUCGGUGGAGAGGUAGAGGUCUAUCUAUUAGUACUUUGGAGAUGACUUUCAUUGUAGGCUGUUAAUAUGUUGCACACAUGCUUUUCCCUGUUGGAACAAACCAGAAUCAAAUAAGUAGGUCAUUUGCAGGACUCUGGAGAAUAUUAAUUCAACCAAUAAGGUAAUUAAGUCAUUUAAUUCAGGCGUGUUGGAGCAGGGAGAAAUCUAAAAGUCACAGGAUUCAAGGACUUGAGCUUGCUCCAGAUUAUUCAACAUCCUACUUCUCUCCUAUGCUCUCUUGUUUUUAGUUUAUGUAGGAUUUGGAUCUAGGUCCUGUGUCUGGUGAAGUAUUUCUAGUUAAUUUGGGCAUAUGGUUUUGAUCAUUGUGCUGUCAUAAAAAACAACAGUGGCACAAAUGUCACAUUAGUAGUAGAGCCAAGUAGUAUUGGCUUCUAAAUCUAAAUCUCUAUAAUGUAGUCUAAAAAAAGUUUUUAAAGGUAUAGACAAAGUGGGCAUGAAACUGGGGUGUUCUCCUCCUUUGACAUGGCCUGCCUGCUGUGUUCAUGGCAGGAAAAUAUAUCUUAGUCUCAUCCCAUUGAGAUCUUUGCUCCCUCAGUCUUCAUGGUGAAAUUUCAGCUGAUACACAGUUCAGGUCCAAUUUCACGUGAUGUUUAAAAAAAUAACAUGUUUACAUAUGUGAUGGUAGGAAAGAAGACUUUUAUUUUGUUCCUUUCCUGGCAUUUCUCCCAAACAACAGCUGAAAUGUAGAUAUAAUGGGUUUUCUGGAGACUUGGGGACAUCAAGGUACCACUCUUUGCUGCAGCUGAGCUUAUGUCAGGUGCAAAGAUAAACUUGAUUCGAAAGUCAGCCUUGUUUGUUGCUGCUCUAGUUUAUUUAAACUUUAACACUCCCUGACCGUAGGUGUGAGCAGUACAGAUGAGAUUGUGUUUUAUAUGCUUUUGGAAGAUCUACAUUCAUCUACCCUCCUGCAACAACACGUUCUGAUGUGUUGCUAAUUUUCGUUAAUGUCUUGCAGAAAGUGGCCACAAUUUCCAUGGUAUAUCCUAGAAACACUGAAAGAAAUAUAAAAUGUUUCAGUGGUUAAAACUUUUUUAUAUGCAUUGUGUGGCUGUGAAUAAUUGUAUGGCAUCAAGGAUUUGCUGGGGGAAAAAAAUCUUAAUUUGGAUUAAACUGGAAAAAAUUGUUUGAAAUAAAUAAUUUGGGAAGCAACAAGUUAGGCAAAGAAACUCCUUCAUAUCUUCAUACACUGGGUUUACAAUGUGCUUUAAGAUUCAAGAGCACAUACCAAACUCGGCUGUGAUCAAUUAUGUUUUUCAUGGUCUCUAAAGUUCUGGAUGGUUAGAGGAAAAAUGUAUGCACUCUGGCAACAAACUAGUUUCUUCCAUCACAUUCCACAAGAAAUGAAGCUUUUAGUGUUGGUGCAAAAAGAGAAGCUCCUGGAAAUGGAAUGGUAAGGGAUGACUAUUUAAAAUAUUGCUAACAAUUAAUUAUUUAUAAAAAUGUACAAGUUUGAAAAGAAAAAUUAUUUGUUAGAAACCUCAAACUAGAAUGUUGGUGAAGUCAGAUUAGCUCUGCUUAGAUCUAGUUUUUAUAUAAGGAAAAGCAUCCUAUGGUCAGUUCUUGUUUUUGUGGUAAAAAAAUGAUUUUAUUAUGAAGAAUUGCUCUGUUUUCUAGUGUCUGCUCACAAACUUGAUUGUUGUGCCUCUUGUGAGGUCAUUUACCCAAGCCUGAUCAGCAGUUUUCUCUUUACUGAGCUUAUAGUGAGAUCCACCUUCGACAAACAUUUCAUCAUGAGGAAGUGUACUUGCUCAGGUAGCUGAUCCUCUGCCUGUUCUUUCCGUUAAAGGGAGGAGUUCCGUUGCAAAGAGGUGGAAAAUACACAGAAGGCCGAUGUUUGCAUUUUCUCUAAAAUUCUUGGUUUUACAACCUAUCUGCUCAAACAUGCAAAGCAUUCAGUUUUGUGGUUCAUCAGCAUCCUGGAGUUUAAAAUUCAGCCUCAAAUCGAGUCUGAUUAUGAUUCGACUUCCACGGCUUUAUAUUUCUUUGAGUCAAACCACUAACAUGUCACUUGAAUUUUUUGUUUUUUAUUGUUUUUUGAUGUUUCUGUUUUAAUGUGAUUUAAAUGUGAACCAGCUUUAAUGCGUCUGAAUCUCAGAGAUUGAUGUUUUUUACUCUCUGAUUCCAAUAAAACCAGCAAUGGAAA